AGGGCGGGGUCAGAUCUGAAUCGUCGCUAUGAGUCACCCGGGCGCUGCCUGGGAAGGGCAGGACUGGGGUGGUGACCAUGCUAACAGCCGGGUGGGAUUUCGCGACUUCGUGGACUGGAGGGACUCUGUGUCUAUGGCAACGAUCGCCUGGCGGAAGGGGCGGAACUAGAUCUCUUCACUUGAGACGCUGAUAUUCCAGGCCCUUGUCCUGCAGGCUCCCGCGGGCGGACACGCCGGAAGAGGAGGCCAGGGAAUGGCCGCGGUGUGGCAGCAGGUCUUAGCAGUAGACGCGAGGUACAACGCGUACCGCACACCAACGUUUCCACAGUUUCGGACGCAAUAUAUCCGACGGCGCAGCCAGCUACUGCGAGAGAAUGCCAAAGCUGGGCACCCUCCAGCAUUGCGUCGGCAGUACCUGAGGCUGCGUGGGCAGCUGCUGGGCCAGCGUUACGGGCCCCUCUCUGAGCCAGGCAGCGCUCGUGCCUAUAGUAACAGCAUCGUCCGCAGCAGCCGCACUACCCUUGACCGCAUGGAGGACUUUGAAGAUGAUCCUCGGGCCCUGGGGGCCCGUGGGCACCGCCGCUCCGUCAGCCGAGGCUCCUACCAACUGCAAGCACAGAUGAACCGUGCUGUCUACGAGGACAGGCCCCCAGGCAGCGUGGUGCCCACCUCAGCGGCAGAAGCAAGUCGAGCCAUGGCUGGGGACACAUCGCUGAGCGAGAACUAUGCCUUUGCGGGCAUGUACCAUGUUUUCGACCAGCACGUGGAUGAGGCAGUCCCCAGGGUGCGCUUCGCCAAUGAUGACCGGCAUCGCCUGGCCUGUUGCUCACUUGAUGGCAGCAUCUCACUGUGCCAGCUGGUACCUGCCCCGCCCACUGUGCUCCGAGUGCUGCGGGGCCACACCCGCGGGGUCUCCGACUUUGCCUGGUCUCUCUCCAAUGACAUCCUUGUGUCCACCUCCCUUGAUGCCACCAUGCGCAUCUGGGCCUCUGAGGAUGGCCGCUGCAUCCGGGAGAUCCCUGACCCUGACGGCGCUGAACUGCUCUGCUGCACCUUCCAGCCGGUCAACAACAACCUUACCGUGGUGGGGAAUGCCAAGCACAAUGUGCACGUCAUGAACAUCUCCACGGGCAAGAAAGUGAAGGGUGGUUCCAGCAAGCUGACGGGCCGCGUCCUCGCUCUGUCCUUUGAUGCCCCUGGCCGGCUGCUCUGGGCGGGUGAUGACCGCGGCAGUGUUUUCUCCUUCCUGUUUGACAUGGCCACAGGGAAGCUGACCAAAGCCAAGCGACUGGUGGUACAUGAGGGCAGCCCCGUGACUAGCAUCUCUGCCCGCUCCUGGGUCAGCCGUGAGGCCCGGGACCCCUCACUACUCAUCAACGCUUGCCUCAACAAGCUGCUGCUCUACAGGGUGGUGGACAAUGAGGGGACCCUGCAGCUGAAGAGAAGCUUCCCCAUUGAGCAGAGCUCACACCCUGUGCGCAGCAUCUUCUGCCCUCUCAUGUCCUUUCGCCAGGGGGCCUGUGUGGUGACUGGCAGUGAGGACAUGUGUGUGCAUUUCUUUGACGUGGAGCGAGCAGCCAAGGCCGCCGUCAACAAGCUGCAGGGCCAUAGUGCGCCCGUGCUGGAUGUCAGCUUUAACUGUGACGAGAGCCUGCUGGCUUCGAGCGAUGCUAGUGGCAUGGUUAUCGUCUGGAGGCGGGAGCAGAAGUCUUCGUUGCUGUGUGGUCUUUCCUCGGUUGCAGUGAGCAGGAGCUACUCUUCAUUGCAGUGUGCAGACUUAUUCAGAUUCUUUUUCCAUGAGGUUGUGAUAGAAUGUUGACCAGAGUUCCCUGUG